AUGGGGGCCUCAAAAAAUGGGGGCUCGAGCCCAGCAACGAGCCCCCCAUUGCUAUGCUCUAAGUGGUACUUAAAUGUGCAGCCAGCUCCAAAAACGUCGCCGUCGACCCAAGGCGGGAAGAAGUGGUGCGUGCCGAGGCCGGAGGCGACCGACGCCCAGUUGCAGGCGGACAUAGACUAUGUGUGCAGCCAAGGUGUGGACUGCAGCCCUAUUCAGGCAGGCGGCGCUUGCUUCAACCCGAACAACGUGAGGGCUCACGCGGCUUUCGUCAUGAACUCUUUCUAUCAGAAAGAAGGCCGUCACGACUUCAACUGUGUUUUCUCUGACUCUGCUGUCAUUACCACUACUGAUCCAAGUAAUGGUCCUUGCAAAUACAUCGCUUGAUUCCAUUAGCAGGAAAGGAAAUUUUCUCUUAUUAGGGAAAAUAACAUUUAUUUGUUAGUUUAGGCCUCUCUAUUUAUCUUGUAAUUUAUGUAUCAUUCUCCACUCUCUUUCCCCUAAAAAAAUAAGAAAAAAGAUAUUGUAUGAGUGGGAGAAAUAUUUAUGUAGAAAGUAUGGUAUGAGUUUGAUUAAUUGGGUAUUGCCAAAUUUUUUCCGCUA